AGGACGCGCGCAGACCCCGUGGGAACCGAACGCGGGAGUCGCCGCCGGAGCUGAGCCGCUCAGCUGAGGGACUGACACCCUUGGCCAUGACGUGCCCCCAGCUGCUGUCUGCUCAGGCACAGCCUGCGUGACUGGGCUGUCGCUGCUCCAGCUGUUUCACGUCACCGUUCCCUUUAUGAACAGUUUGAUGGGGCGUCGGGCGGAUGACAGCGGGAACGGUUGUGAUCACUGGCGGAAUCCUAGCCACGGUCAUUCUCCUCUGCAUCAUCGCCGUCCUGUGCUACUGUAGGCUCCAGUAUUACUGCUGCAAGAGGAGCAGAGCCGAGGAUGCACGCGAGGAGGAGGAGGAGGAUCACGACCUGCCCGCACACCGCAGAGGCCCCACCUGCAAUGCCUGCAGCUCCCAGGCCCUGGACGGCCGAGGCGGCCUGGCGCCUCCCACCAGCGAGCCCUGCGGCCAGCCAUGCGGGGUGGCGGCCAGCCACUGCACUGCCUGCUCCCUAUACAGCUCUCCCUUUUACAUACGGACGACUGACAUGCUGCCCAACGGGGGCGGAGGCGAGAGGCUCUCCUUUGCUCCCACAUACUACAAGGAGGGGGGACCCCCAUCCCUCCAACUGGCAGCGCCCCAGAGUUACCCGGUGACAUGGCCAGGCUCUGGCCGUGAGGCCUUCACCAAUCCAAGGGCUAUUAGUACAGACGUGUAA